AUGGAGGUUGGCCCUACAGCAGCCAGCAGCAGCUCCCCGGCUGGCACCGGCUGGCUGGAUGUCACUUUUGUCACCUGCACUGACACCGUGACUUUCACCGAAGUGCUGGAGGAAGAGGAGUGGAAAUCCUUUUACUACUCCUUUAAGACAGAGCAGCUGGUGACUCUUUGGAUCCUCUUUAUUGUUACUAUUGCUGGAAAUGCCAUCGUGCUCUUCUCUACAUGGAGAAGGAAGCGGAAAUCUCGAAUGACCUUCUUUGUUACACAGCUGGCAAUCACAGAUUCAUUCACGGGACUCAUAAACAUAAUGACUGAUAUCAUCUGGCGCUACACAGGAGAUUUCAUGGCCCCUGACAUCGUCUGCAGAGUCGUCCGCUACUUACAGGUGGUCCUCCUCUAUGCUUCAACCUAUGUCCUCGUGUCACUGAGCAUAGACCGGUAUCAUGCCAUAGUUUACCCCAUGAAGUUCAUGCAAGGAGAAAGACAGGCGAAAGUUCUUAUUGGAGUGGCCUGGAGCCUCUCUUUCCUGUUUUCAAUACCAACUCUGAUAAUUUUUGGGAAACGACAGCUCUCCAAUGGGGAAGUGCAAUGCUGGGCUCUGUGGCCAGAUGAUUCCUACUGGGUCCCCUACAUGACGGUGGUUGCUUUCCUUGUGUACUUCAUUCCUCUGAUCAUUAUCAGUGUCAUAUACUCAAUCGUGAUUCGAACCAUCUGGAUGAAGAGCAAAGCUCAGGCUGCCAUUAUAUCCAGCUGCACAGAUGGCAGAACCUCUGCUGGCUACACCAGUCGUGGGUUCAUAUCCAGAGCAAAAGUGAAAGCCAUCAAGUACAGCAUUGUAAUUGUUCUUGCAUUCGCUCUCUGUUGGAGCCCCUACUUUCUGUUUGAUAUCCUGGACAACUUCAACAUCCUCCCCGAGACCAAAGAGCGCUUCUAUGCAUCCGUGAUAAUUCAAAACCUGCCAGCCCUGAACAGUGCCAUCAAUCCCCUCAUCUACUGCCUCUUCAGCAACCACCUCUGCACCCCCUUUGAGGAGAGAAGAACACGAAGGUUGGAGGGGACUUUCCGGGACCGGAGUGAUGGAGGGCAGGAGAUGCAGGUCCUGUCCAAACCAGAAUACAUCUAG